AUGGUGAUGCAUGUCGCAACAACCAAAGAGAGGCCCGAGCGCCUGCGGCCGGUCUGGGUUUCCGUCCCCGCGCCCGCACCUGUCCCCGCGCUAGCCCCACUGCAACGGCCCUGCACCGGCCCCCGCGCCCGCCUCCAUGCCUGCACCGUCCCCAGCCCCGCGCCCACGCCCUCUCCCGCUCCCACGGCCACCCCCUCUCCGCCCGCCUCCGCGCUUACCUCCGUGGCUGCCCUGUGCCCGCCCCCGCGCUCGCCCCGCGCCCGACCCCGCGCCAGACCCCGCACCGGCCCCGCACCGGCCCCGCACCGGCCCCCGCGCCCUCCCCGUUGCAGCCUUCUGCCGCAACCCGACUCUGCCACCUUGUUUACCCGCAAUUUGUGGGUGGACAGAGAAACCGAGGAGCCCUCUUCUUCGCUGGGACCCUCUGUUCCCUUCCCUCUUCCCUAUUCCCCUUUCCUCGUUGUGAUUUCCGAGGAGUUUGCCGGAGUGAUAGCUCAGGGUCUCAAAGAGAGAAGAACGUUAUACUUACUCGCUGCAAACUCAUGGGAUGAGAAAAUCGCGGAACGCGAUACACGUGAUGAAAAGAAUUGGGCGAAGUGGGACGGGGAGAAACAAGCGCUGUCCAACGGUGGAUUAGAAGGGGUGUUUGAGUUGAAUUGCAGUCCGCAGCAGCAGCAGGUUAGCUUAAGAGAAAAGGCUCCGGAGAGCGCCGCGCCGGAAGGCCGGAGGAGGGUGUUCGGGAGGGCUUGCGAGAGGCGGCGGGAGGGCGAGUGGGUGGAAGAAGGCGAAAGUCUCCGGGAAUACUUCAGUAAAUUCGGCGAAAUCACCGAGGUCAUGGUGAUGAAGGAUCCUACAACGAGGCGGUCCAGGGGCUUCGGGUUUAUCACCUUCGCUGAGCCGGCUAGCAUCGAUCCAAAAGUUGCCUUCCCCAGGAGAGCACAUCCAAAGGUUUCGGAACUGUGUGGAAACUCAGGUUGAAUACUGAUGGCUGAGCGACGAAUCAAAAACCCGCAAUCUUCUGUUUUCCUCUCUGCUGCUGUGAACCAAUGCUUGGGCCAACAGCGUGAGCAGACGAGUUUGGAUUCAAACACACAUAUACACGAUUGACGAAUUAUAUGGACAAAAUAUAUAACAAUAUAUAAUAUAAUAAAUAUAUAAUACUAAUAAAUAUUAAAAUAAUUAUAUAUGUGACCUGCCCUUCACAUUGGAGGCAUGAAGAUUUGGAAAGAAAAAAUGAGAAAAGCAAAAUAAACAAAUGCAUAUUCUUUCCGCCGGAUGGUUGUUGUGAACAUUUUAAAUGUGUGUACACGUUGUUUCAGUUUUGCAUUCUGAUUUUUUAGGGGACAAAAUGAAAUGAAUUAUCUGGUGUUAUAUUUUUUUAAUGCAAGACGUACUGCUACUCUGAGUACUCAUCUGUAACUGCUAUUUCUGUCUUAUAUAUAUCCAAACAAAAAAACGAAUACUUCGUCCUCAAAUAAUAAACGCUAACCGUCUGAAGAUGUGUUUCCACGGCCCGCCUCAGUGGCUGGCGGGUCGCCCCUUCGAUCUCCGAACACCGCGCCGCAGCGCACCGUCAUCUCUCCACUACCACCAUCACCUUCUUCUAAACUUCGACACUUCGAUGGAGAACGAUUUGAAAAUGAGAAAAAAAUACUUACCAAUCUUCGCUACAGCUCAUACUUGUAAUCCUGGCGGAAAAAUUAAAACAUUUAUCAUUAUAAUUAUUGCUAUUACUAAUACUACUCUGAAUAUUGAUCAACAUACUAAUAAUGAACUCUCAGUUAUUUGGUGUGUUCGUUGACGUGAAGAAAUUGUUGACCUCUCCUCAACGUCAUUAUAUAAAGCAUAAUAAUAACAAAAAACAAUAUACUUAAGGCAAAUUAUCUAUACUCUAGACAUAUACACGCAUAUUAUUAUACAUAAUAAUUAUAAUAACGGUAUACAUAAUAUAUAAAACAAAUUAUGCAUAUGCUCUUGGAGGGUAAAUUUUUUAAAUAUAUACAGAUUUUGUUGCAAAUUGUGUUAAAGUGUGAAUGAAUGCAGCUUUAAGAUUUGUCUUUUGCCAUAAUAGAAAUGCCAAGCCGAUGUCUGUUUGCAUUCGUCCAAUUUGUUAUUCUGCUCCGUAGAAAAGUAUAAAAAAAGCAGUGUCUGUAUAUUUGUUUGUGGAACACGAUGACGAAUCAGGCUAAGGGCCACCUCUUUCUGUUCCUGUGGUCACGUGGUUUUUCGAGAACCGUUGCGUUUCGUUCUCCAGUUGUGAGCUGCGCGCGGGGGCGCCCCCUCCCCCUGCGUCCCAGCGCCGAAAUUUUUGGUCGGCGGCGGCGAGCGCAGGGGGUCGACGCGACUCGCGUGCCCCCCUGUCGGGGGGCGCGGGGGUGCUCGGCAACCCUGCCGCCAGCCGCCGCGCGAGCAUCCGUCGGUCGCUAAAGCCCGCGGGCGGUUUUGGUUCUCGCCCCCCAGCCCUCCCCUGUUUUCAUUUUCCGAGAAACCGAAAUCGGCAACCAGAUUGAAGCCUGUUUCUUUUACUAACACGAAGGACAAGAAGUUUAUGGAGAAAGAUGUGUGGGAUAAAAACACCUUCUGAGAUCAGCUGAAACAAUAUUAUAUAUAUUUUACAUUUGUAUACAUAUAUACACACAUCUAUAUUUUAAUUCUUUUAACUUUUAUGCAUUUGUAUAUAUAAUAAAAUAAUUAUUGAUGUUUUAAUAUGUAAUACAUUGUGGUGCUCCCUAGACUGUAGGGGGCGAACGGGCGUGCAGUAAAUAAAAAUAAAAAUAACUAAGCCGCCUCAUGCAACACAGUUGUACGUGAAAACGAUGCUGUCUGUAAAUAUAUAUAAAAUGCAAAGCAACAAACAAUUCUAGGUGUAGACUCUGUAGCUUAUGUAGCUUCAUAAAAUUACCUUUAGAUGUAUUGGAUUAGUGACGUAGUUAACUGUUUAGAUAGAUAGGACAACACACAUACAUGGAUGUCCAUGUUUGUUUUUCCUUAUGGGAAAAAGAAUGAGACAAGGAAAUAUAACAGAAUAAUAUGAACUCGAAAGGAAAAGAUAUUUUUGAGCAGACAAAUUGUGGUGUCGUUGGCAACACUGGCUCUUAAGUGAAGCUGCCUCGGCCAGGAACAAGAUGCACAGCACAUAAAAACCAAACGACAAAAAUAUUCGCUUUUCUUUUAGGGAUUUUGUGAAAUACGGCAAAUUAUACUUUUCAUAUUUCGUAAUGGUUAAAUGAAUCUGUUCUUUGCCCAUUAAAGGCGAAGUUUUUGAACAUGCGUGUCGUUUGUUUUGCCCUUGUUAUCAUUUCGUGUGUUUUAAACGUCAAUUGUUGAGACACAAUGCAAAGAAACAAAAAUGGGCGAACGAAGAUCGUGUUAACAAAACCAACUGGCCCAAAAAUUUAUGAAGAUGAGUGUGGCUAUUUGAAGAUAAAAAGGUAACUGGCUCAAGAGAUGGUAUAACAUUUCGGCAUUUUUGAGACUGAGAUGGGGGGCGUAUAGAGAGCUGGAAAGGAAUAGUGGAACUCGAAACGAUUCAGUAUGGAAUGGGAACAAUCAUCUGAACGACAGAGGGAGCAAAAGACAAAAUGGAAAACAACAAAAUCGUUGUCAAUUUUUAUCUAUAUCGUGAAAGCCUUCGCAAAUUCCCAUCCCGUUCUAUCUUGUGUCAUUAUGUUCCGUUUGUGGAGCCUGGGAGACGAACGAAGUCCGUGGCAGAGUUCCUCCAGUCUUGCUCGCCCAGCCCGGGGCAUAAUCCCCGCUACUCAGUAUUAAAGUGCGGAUUAUCGCGUGUAUUUAUUAUUACAUUGUGUAUCAUUCAUGCUUCCUCGCCGACUGUUGUCGGCUUCAUCGCAUCGAUCAUAAAGACUCAACCAAAUUCUCCUAGGUCAUUAACUUGUUAGUUUCGCAUCAAUAUGACGUUCCUUUCAGCGAGGUCCGCACUGAAGGCGAGCUGGGCUGAUUACUAGUCAAACGAUACGCCAUAGUUUGUUUUAGAAAAUUUUCUCAAUUUAACAUUAAAUUUCUUGAUGAAAAAGAAGCAUACGAUUGUCGAUAUAUGUUGUGGUUAUCUCUGAAUAUAAUUUAGCGAAUCAAGCUGAUACAGUCUCGACUCUCUAUGCUUCGAUUUCGCAGUCUGUCUUUUUUUGCAACGGACUUCGUGCGUACAAGGUUUGAUCCACAUUACCAUUGUUGCUAUUAGGUCAGUGUAAUUUUAUUUGACUGUCUAGAAAACCUACGAUGUAUUUUGUAUCUUAAUUCCUAAAAGACUCCUGUGGGGUCUACGGAUUUGUGUUAUGUAACUUAAUUUUUUGUUACCGAAAUACAACGGCUAAACAUUUUAUCAGUACAAAACUAGUGUAUUGUUCAUGAAGGCGAAUGGCCUAGUGUCUGUGUUUUGUUUGACUCUGUAGUUCAUGACGAUUUAGUAAUCAAUUUGAAGAGAACUUUCGCGAGAAUACACGUAGCAGAAGAGAAUCGGUAGCUAAAGAAAUUAUAUCUAUAUAUUAUAUAUAAAAUAUUAUAUAUACAAUGAUAAAUAAUGAAGUGUCCUACGAUAAUCAUGAAAUAUGUUAGUUUAUAUAAUCUAAUAUUUUGAGAGACGAUAGAGUUCUUCCUGUCGUUGGUAUUGUUUUUGUUGUUCAUUUUUACGAGUUGUUCUUGUGUUAUAUUUAAAUAAUGUGUAAGUUACAUUUUGAAUUAAUUGAUGGAAAACUCUUAGAAGAUAUAGAAUGUUUCAGAGUUUUGGUAUUAUAUUGACAUUGAGUGGUCAAAAAAAUUUACUAUUCUGUUUUAACAAACAGCAAUAGAGAAAAAUAAGUAAUUAAAUCCAAUUUAAUACGGCAAAUCAGGGAAUAAAGAAUUUUAAAAUAUUAGCGCUAGUGAGCGCUUGUAAAAUAUAUUUUCUUUUCUUUGAAAUAUUCCUGCAAUUAUUUCUUUCCAACAUAGACAUCUUUGUAUGGUUAGAAAAAGUAACUAUGGAUGUUUUUGUAAAAGAUUUUCUCAGACAACUUGGCCAUGUGGUAAAUAUUUUAUAUUUCAAGAGUAAAGUAAUUUCUAAAUAUUUAGUCUAAUAUCUUCUUAAUGUUCCUUUUUUGAAAUAAAAUGAAAUCCAAUAAUUUUUGUUGGUAGCCAUGUUGUACUCGGUAGGCAUCUCACAGAGCAAUACAGUGCUGGCAGCAGCCAAGCCACAGCACUCUCAUAUAAAAUGCUGUAUUUUGAUACCGUGAAAUUGUUAAAAAUAAGGAAAAUUAAAUAUGCAAAAUGAAGCCUGUAUGAAGGAAUAUUUCUUUGAAGAGAGCUAGAGAAUACUAUUGUGGUUGGUAAGAUGACGUGUUAUUAUAAAUAAUAUGUAGAAGACAUUUUUAAAAAAUGAAAAAUAAAAUCCAAAUGAUGAUCGCUUCACUGAAACACUAUACACUAUAUAUCUUUUUGAGUAGAAUUUUUUAUAUCAAUAUAAAUAAUCUUUAUUGGCAGUUCGGUGUUUUAAAUAUAAGAAUGAUUGUUUGAUGUAUAACUAUUAUGGUGUCAAAAUGAAAAAUAAAAUGAAAACGCUGUGUAAAAAAUACAAUUGCAUCAAAUUAAUGUGAGUGCGUGUGUGCUGCGUAUUUCUUAUACUGACUGAUAUUCAAGAAAAGCAAUAAUGUUUCCUUGUUGGGGAGGUAACCUUCGUUGUGUCUUCGCUUCACGCUUUGUACGCUCUAGCUCCUGCGAACCCCUCUUCCCUUCGCAAAGAAAUAUUAACGUAUAUUAUACAAAGAAACAUCUGUGGCACAGAAUGUAAACAAUUACACCUGCACAUACGACACGUAUGCACAUACAGCGACACAUAACACGCCAGAUACUGCCUCCUGCGUUACUGCGCCAGGUACAAAAUGAGCUUCCGAGUUGUAGUGCAUUAGUUCUCGACGUGGUGUGUGGAAGGAGUAUGGAUCCCUUGCCGUGGCGGUACAAUCACUGUUCUUAGCGAGACGUCAAGUUUCAGUUCCCGACCCCCCUUGUCCCCUCCCUUCAAACCCCUCUUACCACUCGCCCUCCACCCUCUUCGGUCUUGCGUUUCUGCCCUUUCGGUUUGGUCUUUUCGUUUCUGUUUCCGAACUGACUCGCUGGCCUAACCUUACUCAUCCCCGGUUCGGGCCCGAUCCUUUAAACAUGAAAAUGUCCAAUGUUUUCUAAACUGCAGAUCAUAUAUAUGCAAGUAAAAGUGAGGUUACGGUCUUUCCAUUUUUUCUCUUUUUCGAAUACUAAGAAAAUGAAGAUAUCUUUUUGAUCUCUCGAUUGUUAAUUUAUUUUCUAGCAUCUAUUGAUAGAUGUAAUAUAUACAUUUAAAGAAAUGGAAAAAAGCUGUAGAGCUUUAUAUAUAUACAUAUAUAAAUAUAUAUUUAAAUAAAGAGCGAUCAUCGUUUGGCUUGAAC